UUCUUCUUUUCCUUCCUUCCUUCCUUCCUUUGCUUCCUCCUUCGUUUCUUCCGGUAUUAUUCUUGCCGGCGAAAAUAACCGGCUUUCCUCGAUCAUUUGACGCGCGGCCGUCUUGUCAACGCGAUCACGUUUCGCGACGCGUCCCUCGCCCCCCUCACGGGAUCAUCGAUCGAUCGAUAAUCUCUCGGCAGAUUUUUUUUUCUUUUCUUUUCCACGGGAGUUUCGGAAGGAAACGAAGGAUCGGAGGGACGGAGGCGAAGGAGGAAGGAGGAAGGGAAGGAGAGGAGAGGAAUCGGUGGGACGGAAUCGUUGAAACGGAUCGUUGUGGACGAGGCGCCGUGCACGGAUCGGCCCGGCGAGAAUGACAUUCCGCCACGACGAAGCAGCACUAGUGGCCGUGUGUAGGGGACUUUUUCGCGAACUUGUGAAGUGCGCACUUUUUUGCGAGGUGGCGUUGUGCAGAUAAAACGCAGAGCGUUUCAAUUCGGUUCAUUGUUUCGGUCAUUAGCUUGCGCGGCAUGACGGGUGAUAGGUGUGCUUUCGCGAUAACGCAUCCACUUUCUUCGAACUGUGAUUACUUUCUGGAUAAUGUGUGGUGAUUGUGCCUUAGAAAUACGAAAAGCGUAACUGCCGUUUAGCCGAGAUCGCUAAAAGGAAAAAGGUGAAUAGAUAUAACGAUGGUAGAUACGCAACACUUUUGUCUGCGAUGGAACAAUUACCAAAGCAGUAUAACGUCGGCAUUUGAGAACUUGAGGGACGAUGAGGAUUUUGUGGACGUCACAUUGGCCUGCGAUGGCAGAAGCCUCAAAGCGCACCGCGUCGUACUUUCCGCUUGCAGCCCCUAUUUUAGAGAAUUGCUCAAGAGCACACCGUGUAAACACCCGGUGAUAGUACUUCAGGACGUAGCGUUCAGCGACUUGCACGCAUUGGUCGAGUUCAUCUAUCACGGGGAGGUGAACGUGCAUCAGCGUUCCCUUAGCAGUUUUUUGAAGACUGCCGAAGUCCUCAGGGUAUCGGGGCUUACGCAACAGGCAGACCAAACGGACAGGGACGAGCUGUCCCACGUGCGCGCGUUGGCCGCCGGCGGGAAUCACCUUCCUUUCCACGAGAAAUUGGAGGAGAGUUUUCCCAGGGGUGGCUCGCCACCGACGCCUGUCACCCCGACACCGACCACCGUGCAGCAAUUGUUGCGCAGAGCGCAGAUACGCAGGAACGAGAGACGGACGCCCGAUCCCCACGAUGAGACGGCGAAGAAGCCGAGGGUGCUGUCGCCUCCGCUCAACAACAACGACGCUACGCCCACCGAUUUCUCGAUGGGGGUGAAGAACAACCACGUGUCGAGCAAGGUGGAGGGGAACGGGGUCCACGAGGAGAACAGCCCCCUCGAGGACAAUAUCAAGUGCGAGCCGUUGGAGCUGACAGGUGGCAACAGCGGUAACGCGGCGGGGAACAACGAGGACUCGUCGGAUUCCGGCGCGGCGGCGUCCGAUCGGCCGCCCGCGUCGGCGAGCAGUAACGAGCACGAGGCCGAGUCCGAGCACACGUCCACCCCCAAUUUUUUGUCCGAGACGAAAAUCUUCCCGCCCACGCCGGGAAGCUUUAAUUUCAGUAUGGCGGCGCUGGCCACGGAGCAUACACCGUUGUCAGUGAAAUUUCCAGGAAUGGGCCACGGGUUGCAACCACCGGACUUGGCAGGAACUUCGCAAGCAGGCCUACCGUCGGCGAUCCUCGCGAUGAGAUUGUCGCAUCCGUUACACGGCAAUCUUCUCCCUCCCGGUGUGUGCUAUACCUGCGACGUUUGCGGUAAAACCCUUUCCACGAAGCUCACCCUUAAACGGCACAAAGAGCAGCAACACUUCCAGCCCCUGAAUAGCGCGGUGUGCGCCCUCUGCCACAAGGUGUUCAGGACGCUCAACAGUCUGAACAAUCACAAGAGCAUCUAUCAUCGUAGGCAGAAAUAGAGCCGGUUAUCGUCGCGUUUGCUCGGACCGUGCCGAGGAAACACUGUGUGAAAAAACGAGCUUAGUAGUAGAGAAAGAAAGGAAGAAAGGAAGAAAGAAGGAAAGAGAAGAGAAGAAAAAAGAAAGGAACGAAACGGAAGGAAGGAAGAAGAGAAGGAAACGGUGCCAAUGGACGACAACACGUUCUUCACGAGGGACGAGAAGAAGGAUAUCUCUCCCUCAUCACAUCGUCGACAGCAUGGCCGCUCGAAGGAUCGCGUCGCUCCUCUCAAUUUUUUCUUUCCUUUUCGAUACUCGUCUGUUCGACACGCGUUACUGUUGCCUUCGUUGUCGUCCCGUUUUUCCGUCGGCUGAAUAUGGAGCCAGCAAUGGAAUUGUUGUUAAUUGUUAAUUAUUAAUCGGUUGUCGCCGUCGUUACUUAACGCCGAUCUGUUAACGUUCGCGAUUACCAUGGGACCAGUUGCAGUAACGUGAUGAUCUCGCGUUGAUAGUUUUUAAUCGGUCGAGAAAAGGGAGGAUGCGGGAGAUGGACGAUCGAAAGUAUAAGAGAAAAUGAAGAAAAGAAAGAGAGAGAAAGAAAAAGAAAAAAAUUAAUUCAAAUUAUAUAUAUAUAUAUAUACAUACAUACGUAUAUAUAUAUAUGUAUAUACGCGCAUACACACACGCACACACACACACGAUAUCUUCGCGCGUGCAUGCUGUGCAAAACGGCGAGAAAGAACGCAACGACACCGUGGGAGCAAGGACAACGCCGAUGUAAUUUCCUGGAAAAGGGACUUCUCUGGAUUAAAAAGGGAAAAAAAGAAGGGGAAAAAGACAGGAAACAAAAAGAAAAUCAGUGCUUCCAGACGAACGUGGUGAUGAACGAUGGCGAUUUUUUUUAUUCCAUAAACGCGCCAGUUCGUCAAGUACUCGCGCGGCUCGAUCAUAUCGGUUCAUAACGAUUGCGCGCCGAUUGUAUAUUUUCAAGUAAUUGCGAAUUGCGCGAUCGACAAUUGCAUAGGAACGGAAUUCGCGGGACACGAGAACAUUUUUUUGUACGAUACCUCGGGAUUUUACCGGCCUCCGCCGGCCCUUUUUUCAACCGGCGAUCGAAUGUUAUCAAUUCGUUAAGGGAGGAACGAAGGGUGUCAAGCGUUGCCAAGAAUCGAGAAAAAUGAUUCUUCCAUUUCUUUUUCCUUUUUUUUUUUCUCUUUUUUUUUUUUCCUUUUUUUUUCUUCUUCUUCCUCUCAUCGACACACAGUCGCGGAAGAGAAGAGUCUGUGAAGAGAAACCGAUCUUCCGGACGCGUAACCGUCCGUACUCGCGAGGCUUGCUCGUUUGUCCCGAAAGUUUGCUACGAAUCAUGUUCGCUCGAAUCAUCCUCGACGUCGUACUCCCCCUCCCUCCAAAAAAAAAAAAGAAGGAAAUCCUCCUUCCGCGAAUUUUUACGCAAGAAAAUUAUCCUCUCGCGAUAAUAUUCUUGGACAAAUGUCCACGAGAGGACAUUAAUCGUGUAAUUCUACAUUACUAGUAGUGGAAAAGAAAAAAAAAAAAGAAAAAGGAAAAGAAAAGAAAAAAAAAAUAUUAGUGAUAAAUCGCGUAGUUAUUUUCGUCUACUUUUAUACCGCGUGGUGACUCUCCGGAUCUUUCUACUCGCGUGAAAAGUGAAAUUUUCGAAAGCUUUGGGGGGAGGGGAGGGGAGGAGAGGAGGAAGAAAAAGGAUAGAUAAAAAUUUGGAUGGUAUGUUGAUGAUGAUUCGAUGAAUGAGGAAUGAUGUGUGCCGCGGUUUCGUCAGAUCUCGUCGGCUCGUCGAGAGUGAACGCGAAUCAAUUGCAAGACGAACUCUUCUUCUUCUUCUUUUUUUUUUUUUUUUUUUUUUUUCUUCCCCCCUUAUCUUACGCGACGUCCUCUCGCGAGGACUCGCUCCGGACGAUAAUUCUGUCUAUCGAUCUUACACGGCUUAAUCGCAGGCUAUACACACGUAUACACACGAACACAUGAACAUAUGAACACACACAUACACACACUAGUAGUUAGAUUUAACGUAUUAACGCGAGGUAGGGAAGGGAAGGAGGAGGAGGAGGUGAAAAAAAAAAAAAAGAAAAGAAAAAAAAAAAAAACGAAAAUAAAAAUAAAAAUAAAAAUACUUCCAGGUGUCGGAGACACCAUCGUCCAACUAACUUUUUAGGCGGAAACGUCCGAAACGUUUCGACAAGACUGUAAAACGAAAUAUUGAUUAAUCCGAAGACUCGAGAAUUUUUAAUUGUUUAGGUGUUGAAGGAAAGGGGAAAGGGGGGCGGGUGGGGGGGCGACUGUAAAAGAGGGGAGGAACUAUUACCGGGAAGGGGGGAAGGGAGGGGUAGUACGCGCGAAUGAAACACAACAAGGGGGGAGGGGAGAGAGAGACUUCCGUCGCGGAUCGAUAACGAUCGCGUGGUUGACAUGGUUGCAAAAGAAAAAAGAGAAAAAGAGAGGAAAAAAAAGAAAGAGAGAGAGAGAGAGAGAGAACAAAAAAAAAGAUAGAACGAAAAAGUGGUAGAAGGCAGGGUACCCGUGGAGAUGGAGGAAGGGAAACCCCCCCGAUCUCGGUUCUCCCUUCCCCUCCGCGACGAAUUCGUCCUCGUUCCGCGACGGACAUCGAGACAGGAGAUAUAUAUAUAUAUAUAUAUAUUGAUAUGAUAUAAUAUAAUAUAUAUUAUAUAUUUUAUCUUAAUAUAUUCAUUCCAUAUUAAAAUGCUUUAGAGGGGUACCUUGCACACAGGCACACAUAUUCAUUUAAAAAUAGUAUAUGUAUAUAUAUAUGUGUAUGUAUAUAUAUAUGUAUACUAUAUAAUAAAAAUAUAUAUAUAUAUAUUACGGGCUUUACGUAAAAAGUACCUUAAUCUUAUUAUUAAAUAUUAUUUUUUACGACUCUAUUACGUACGGACGAUCGUAGUUGCAUUUUUUAUCACUUAUUACUAUUAUUAUUAUUAUUAUUAUUAUUAUUAUUAUUAUCAUUGUUGUCGUGGUCAUCGUUAGUAUCGAACGUUAAUUUCCUUUUUUCCACUUGUUGUUACUCGUUAUGUACGGCACGUGAAAACACACGAAAACACACUCGUUUUCUUCUUCUUCUUCUUUCUUUCGAUCAUUCUUCUUCCUUUUCUUUUCUUUUCUUUUCUUUUCUUUUCCCUUCUUUCUUCCUUCCUUCCAAUAUCAAUUUUCCUUUUCUCGUUCUCGUUUCGUUUUUCUUUUUUUUGUUCCGCGCUCACCCAGGGAGGGAGUUUUUCUCGACGCGGUGAACCGUGCAACGGAAACGAAGAAAGCGGGAAAGGAAGCCGCGUUUCCAACCCUCGCGGCCUUGGCGCGUUCAUUUGCAUACGCUUCAUUCUUUACGGCCAACCUCUCCGCCCCGUGCAUACGUCGUCGUCUAUUUUCUCGCUUCUUACACGUUCGAAUUCCUUCUUUUUUUUCCCCUUCUUCUUCUUCUUCUUUUUCUUCUUUUCUUUCCUUCUUCUUCUUUUUCUUUCUACGUUAUCGCGUCACACGAGGGAGAGGGGGGAAGGGAAGGGUCCGGGUUAAAGGGGUUGGAGGGAGGGAAGGGAGAACGCGGCGCGAUGACGACACCCGUUUCGUGGGAAAACGGUUCUUUUUUAUUUCUUCUUUUUCUUUUUCCAAGCAGCAAAGAAAUUCGUGUCGCGAAUUUGAACAGCGUUUUUUGUCCUUUUCUUUUUUUAGACAGUUCGAAAGAGGGAAGGUAUGAGCAAUGAGGAAAAAAAAACACGGUCCACUAACACUGACAGGUUACUUAUAUACUAAACUGAUAAUAGCCAUAUAUACAUAUAACCGACUACAUAGCAUAUACCUAUAUUUUAGUAGAACUUUGAUAGGCCGCCUCGCGAGAACUUCCUGACGCUUGUCACGGGCACAAUUUUCUCCCAUCUUCUCCCCUUUCUCUCUUUUUUUUUCCAUCCCCUCCUCCGCCAAUGCCAUCAUCGUCAUUUUCGACAACGCAAAAAUCCCUUGCAUCGUGAUAGAUAACGGAAUGAAAUCUGUUCGAGAGUUGAUUCAUUCACGAGGUGGAGAUGAAUUUGUGCGUGAGAAUGAAGGAAAUGUUCAAUGAGGGUGAGGGAAACGAGCGUCAGGAAGGGAUCGAAGGGGUAUCUGAAACAUUAUAGACAGACUAGAUCCCGUCGUGCGUCGACAUUUGUAGAGGAUCGAUCGCAAAAAAAAAAUAAUCCUCAGAGCACACAUAGACAUAACACACAGAUAUACAUAAAUAUAUAUAAAUAUAUAUAUAUAUAUAUAUAUAUAUAUAUAUAUAUAUAUAUAUAUAUAUACAUACAUAUAUAUAUUUUACGAAGAACAACGUGAAACAACAACCGUUGUACCGUUGAAUCAGUGUGCAUCGCUGUACAAAAAGUGGUGCGAGACCCAGCCCAGAGACACACGCAUAUGCGGACACACACACACGCACAGACUGACACUGACAGCUCGAUAUACUACUACUACUACUACUACUACUACUAUACUGUAACUUGUACUCGAUCAUACAUGGGAUAACACGUGAACACACUUGUACAUCGUUAUAUAGAUAGGCUAUGAUAAUUUAAAUUAGGUUUAUAUUUCUUUAUUAAGUGGUCCGCGACGGUCGUAUUUUCGAAAAAAAAAAAAAAAAAAAAAAAAAA